AUGCCAAAACGUGAUUCAGCAAGCAACAAAGAACAAGUAGUAGAAAACUCAACCGCCACAACUUCAAGACCACCCAACAAGAAACGCAAAUCUUCAAGUCAACCAACUUGUGCUGCUUUGGAUUAUUCGAUUGAAGAAUUGAGAAAACUCAUCAAUAUUACAUUAUUCACCAGAAGAAUGGACAAUGAUGAGAAUGAAAAGAAUGCAAAGGAUUGGAAACAAUGGAAUGAAUGCAAAGAUGCAGAACUCAAUCUAUUCGAAAGUAAUUCUCGUCUCGUACGAAAGGUUUCUCAUAUUACGGAUUUUGAUUUGAGUGAACAAUCUGCUUCUAAAAUACGUUUAGGCAUUCGAGUUGAUAACAAAACAAACAUGGAUCUGGAAAUGCAAGUUUUCAUUGAUGAAAAAAAGAUGAAAUCGAGAUGUUGUGAGAGAAAUGCCGAAACUUUUAUCAUUUCCGAAAGGUCAAAUCCCCAAACAGUUCAUCCAUUCAUCCUUAAGAAACAUGAACAAGCUGAGGACGAAACUGAAAUUGAUAAGGAAGUUCUCAAAAAAUUGGGAAGUGUCAAGUUUAAAUUUUUCAAAACUAAAGUGACUCGAAAGAAUUCCAUUUCAAUUAAUCGUCAUUUUGAAAUCGAUAAUGAAAAUAUCAAAAUUAAGAGUAGCAUGUUGAAGGAAGCUCCAAUGUCACUUGGUUUGGGGGAGGGAAUCAAGUCAGAGGUUAAAAGGGGAAGAACGUUAAGUUCAUUGAAGGAUUUAGUUUUGGAAUGUGAAAUUAAGUAUACUAAUCAAAUAGGAUAUUUAUUGGAAUUGAGGAAGAAUGGUAUUGAAUUGGAACCUGCAAAUAAUAGAGUUCAAGCUACUUCUUCUUCUGCAGAUUCAAGUCUUGAUGUUAUUGAACUAUCAGAUAGUGAAGAAGAAACUAAUUUGCCUCCAAUUGGAAAUUCAACCUCAACUCCAUUGUUAAAAGUCUAUGAAAAUAUCACUGAAACGAUUCAAGAUAUUUCUAAAAUGGAAGUUGAGGACUUGUUAAAGUUCAUUAAGCGUACAGAUGAAAAGUUAUUUAAUGUAGCCGAAACCCUUUUCAAAGAACAUGAAAUUAAUGGACGUGCCUUUUUGAGUCUCCCCUCCUCUACAAGCAGUAUGCUCGCUUUAGGAUUAAAAAUUGGAUCCCGAGCUAAAAUAGAACAAAUUAUUAAGCAAAUUCAACACAAUCCACAAAAUUGA